UAAGGCACAAGUGACGACAAUUGUCACACAAAAGGUCGUAAAAAGGUGCCGCUAUUCCGCUGACGAAGCUCACGGGGUUUACCGGCGACAAACAAGCAGCCUCUCUCGUCCAGAUGGCCGUCGCUCUUGCGCCUCGACCAAUGACGCCCACCUCGAACCUCAGGACUGGUGCCGAGAUCAAGACAGAGACGACGUCAGACAAGUCUACACCUCCGAAGGCAGACGGAGCUGCGGCUGCGGCUCCUGCACCUGUUCGACCUCCAAACAAGCCCUCCCAGUCGUUGAGACUCGAACCCAACCCAUUCGAACAAUCCUUCUCCCAGUCGUCCACAUCUCUUCCCAAGCUUGCGGACGCAAGGAGCAAUGGUGAUCGGUCUCCUAGGCUCCCGGCACUCAAGUCACCCCGCCUUUCGAGCUCGCCGACAGAUGGUGCCAAGUCGCUGACGACCCCGAAACCUAUUCUACCCCCUGUCGCUGCCAUUUCGUCACCUUCCACAGGUUUCGAAUGGCAAUCGGGCGAUCUGUCUUCCCUCCGCUCCGGACCCCUGUCUCCUGCUAUGCUCGCUGGUCCUAGGGAACGCCCGACACCGUCUGGUCUUACCCCCUUUGUGGGAGGAGAGUUCCGCUCUGGUCUCACGCCCGACGUCGGCCGUACUGGGCUUACACCCUUGGUCGGUGGUCCGGUUUCCUUCCCUCCACCAUCUCCGAACACGGCCGCAUUCCUUGCCAUGGUCACGAAUGGUGCUAAUGGUACGAACGGCUUGCAAGGACCGGAAGCAACGAUCACCCCGAAUACGCUGAACGCGCUCACCGGCGUGCUGAACGGCCUGUCGACUAAUAACGUUCCCGGUGGCCCUGGUAACGAUAACCUCCAUCCUAAUUCAGCAGCGAACCAACAACACGCUACCUACGCGAACGAUCCUAAAUACGGGAAUUAUUACCCACCUGCUGGUGCCGAUCCCCGCACGCUUCCUUCCGGUCAACAGGCCCCCGCACCGGCACCGGUCCCUGGACAGCAGCCGGUCAACGGCCAAAACGGGUACGCUCCGGCGGCGUCGUCGGCCACUGCGCAUGCCGCAACCGGGCUAUUCCUGUUGUCCCAGGCGCAUCAAGAGCUUACACGUCGGGAGGAAAUGGAGAGGCUAGCACAGGAGCAGGCUGCUCAGCAACAGGGCGGUGAGAACGGCAACCGAAUGCGUCGGAUGAGCACCAUUUCCGCCAGCACGAACGACACGCAAUCCCCUGUCGUCGGCAAGCGCAAGUCGUCGGAUGGUCACAACGGACCUGUACCCCAGCAGCAGACGAACGGACGCGCACAGCAGGCAGCUCGGCCAUCAAAGCGCGCUAAGACGACGAAGAAUGCGAAACGGCAUACCUCUAUCGAAGACGACGAGCUUGGGGGUGACGACGAUGAGUUUGAUGAUGACGAAAUGAUGGGGGGCCAGUCACAAGGCACGGAACUUGUCAAGCGUCCUGAGACAGAUGAGGAUAAGAGGAAGAACUUCCUCGAGCGGAAUCGUCAAGCCGCACUCAAGUGUCGCCAACGUAAGAAGGCGUGGCUGCAGCAACUGCAGCAGAAGGUCGAGUUUCUCACUGCAGAGAAUGAGCGUCUGCAUGCGAGCCUCGGUGGUGCGCGGGAAGAGGUCCAACGGCUUACCGCCGCCCUCGUUUCCCACCGUGAUUGUCCCCUUCACCCACCUAGCGGGUUACCGCAGUCACACGCCAUAAGCCAUCCCCACCUCGCUCAACAUCCCGGCCAUUCCGGUCCUGCGAUGAACUCUGGCAUGCCUCCUCACCAUCAACCGGCUCAGUAUGGACCUCCAAUGCAGCACCAAGGUGUAACACCACCUCACGGUCCGCACGCGGCGAUCAGUGUACCUGUGCCCGUUGGCGCGCAGGGUCGUGGCGGCGGGUUUGGAUACUAAAAGCGCUGUCCUUUUAUGUGGUUGAAGAGACGCCCUCGAGUAGCAAAACACGUUUCUUUUCAUCGUAUGGUCCUAACACGCCUUGGGUAAGCCUAUGCUGUCACCAACAGGUUGGGACGUCGAACUUCUUCGUCUUAUCCCCUUUCUAGUCGUUCUCUCUUCCUUCUUCUCGCGGUAUAUCUGUACUUUCCUUAUUCAUCUUAUCUCCUGUCCUUCGUUCUUUUCACUGUUUCCUGUGCCUAUGCUUCUAGUCCUCUCUCUUGCACCCUUGUUGCACCCCUCUCUUCUCUCACCCUACUGUUGUCUCGCCGGGCUCGGUACCCCUGUAUCGCUGUAGAUCGUGACAUGGAUUGU